AUGACCGAAGUUAUCACCCAGCAGACCCUUGGACUGUCUCAAACAUCGCCACGACAAGACGUUGUCAGCGCGUUAUUGGAUGAGUAUAGCCACUCGUUCGAUGCCUACGAGCAUCCUCUCAUGCCGGCAUCCAAGGAACUUCCGGCUCCACCACAAUCGGACAGUCCAAAAGAUAAGACGCCGCCAACGGUCGGCAGCCCAGCCCAUCGCAUGGGCAUGCAGUUUCCUUUGCGAGACGAACAACACGCACCCGUCUCUCCUGAUGGCUCGCCUGUAAGACAUCGACGCAAGAGGAUUGAAUCCCGCAGUUUGUCCCGUGGCGCAAAGCCGCCUUCGCUCAAACUAACCGUUAGCAACGGAGCUACUGCGAACAUCCCGCCUACGCCAGCAUAUCCAGUGCCGACUAAGAUUCUUGGGUCUUCGCCGCCCAACGACAGGAAGCCACUACCGCUACCACGAGUGCACCCCAGCAACAAGAGUAGUGUUGGGACUUCGACGAUGGGAUCUGUUCAUUCGAGGCGAGCAGGAGAGCUGGAGCGAAACGACUCAAUUCUCUCCCAACGCGAGGCGAGAUCCACGGCAACUGAAUCAUCUGUGAUUGCUCCUACAGCACCACUCGUCAAGACCAAGUCUCUAGGAUCAAACGUCUCAAAGUUUGUCAAUCUUGCUGAGCAGAAAAAUGCGCCCCGAGGUCGACAAGGCGCUCCUCCACCAGCCACGUUUGUACCGAGAGCAACACGCACCACCUCGAACGCAGGUGGAAACGGGGCUCACGCGCAAGCCUCACGAACCAAAGAAGUAUCGACCAAAGUUCAAGGAACUCAGAAAAGCGAAAUCCAGGAACUCAAACAAAUGCCACCCACGCCGCCCGAAGAAGACAAAGUUUCACCCUCGCCGCCGCGCAAAGCCCUGACCAACACAGGUUCUCCUUCCAACCCUCGCGCCGGCAAUCUCUCUUCUCCUCUACACCAGCGUGGGAAGAGCAGCACAGGCUUCAACAUCUUGAAGGCUCAUCGACCCGCUCCGCCCGUCCCAACAGUGAGUGUCGAGGCUGUCACGCCGGAAAUGUCGCCGCCCCCAACUCUGCAGCCAGAGACGCAUGAGGACCAACAUGCCUCUCCAGAAGAACUGCAAACACCCACCAUCGUUUCACCAACUCCAACCCUCAGAACAACAACAGUCUCACCCCCCACACCCAGCCCAUCCGUUUGGCCCUCCACAGCCCCAACACACUCAUCCUCCACCCCCCGGCAAGCCCCGCAACCCACUCCGCAACCCCCCACAACCUACUCCCCACUCCCCUUCACGCCCCUAACCCGCCACCCCCUCCCCCUCCCAAUAACGCUCAUCCCGCAAAUCACGCCCAACCAACUCUCCUGCUACACAGCGCACCGCCACUCCGUCUGGAGCAACAACUACUUCCAGCCCAUGGGGUGCAUGAUCUGCCACGUCAACGAUCGGGACCGCAAGUGGAGCUGCACGUGGUGCCAGUUGCGGAUUUGCUGCGCGUGUAGUGAGGAGCUGAAGAUGGUGCCUGGGCGGGAGUUGGGGGUUUUGCUGCGGGCGAGGGGGGUGGGUGGUACGGGGGAGGCGGAAGUGGUGCCGGGGAUUGUGGUUAGUUGUGUGGAUGGGGAUGCGGGGGUUGGGGUGAAAGGCGAUGGGGACGAUGUUGGGGUGCUUGGAGAGGAGGUGGAUGAGCGUAGAGGGCGUGCUCGAGCGAGAGUGGAUGCGCCUUGA